UCUCUAUAGCCUUUAGUGUGAAGAAAUCUGCCCCUGCUGUAGUUGGGAUCCUGAACACAUGCCAGGUCUCUUCACACAGGGAAGCCUUCGUUGGCACCAGUUCCUCCUCUACCUGAGUAUCCUGGAAGGUCCGCCAUGGCUUUAUUCCUGAAGAAUUCUUUCAGUUCCUGUAUCCAAAGACAGGAGUCACAGGUCCCUACAUGCUUGGAACUGGUCUUCUUGUUUACCUCUUGUCUAAAGAAAUGUAUGUCAUUAAUCAUGAAACCGUGUACAUGAUUUCGUUUGGUCUGCUUACUGUGUAUGCUGUCAAGAAAUAUGGGCCUACAUUAGCGGAGUAUAUAGACCAGAUUAGCGAAGAAAAAAUUGCUGAGAUUCAGAAUGUGAAAGAUACUGAAAUUAAAUUCCUGGAGAAUUCAAUUAAGGAAGAAAAGGAAGAACAGUGGAGAGUCGAGGGCCGGCAUCACCUCUUUGAGGCUAAAAGGAACAAUGUGGCAGUGAUUUUGGAAGCAAACUACAGGGAGAGACUAUUGAAUGUCUACAAUGAGGUGAAGAAACGUCUAGACUACCAGGUGGCUCUACAACAUCUUCUGCGCCACAGGGAGCAGGAACACAUGAUUAACUGGGUGGAAAAGAAUGUGGUGCAAAGCAUUACUGCACAACAGCAAAAGGAAAGUAUUGCUAAAUGCAUCAGUGACUUGAAACUUCUGUCCAAGAAAGCACAAGCCGCAGUUUGA